AAAAACAAAACAAAACAAAAAAACAGGUGACAAGUUGUAUACCAAACUUCAAACAAAAACGCAGAGAAUAAUUUUAUUUAUUUAUCUAAAAGAUUGAGAGUUGGGCAUUAUUAUAGUUGUGUUUCUCCGAUCUGCAAUUUUCUUGUUUCAAAAUGAGCACGAGCGCUGUUGUUCUUCAUGCCCUAAACAACUUGACCGUUACCAGAUUCGUGGAAGACGCGACGUCGUUUGAGAAAUGCAGCAAGGAAUGUUUCGGUGCGCUUGAUGCGGAUGGCAAGGGAGGCUUAUCGAGGGAAAAGCUCCGGGCAGGGUUUGGUAAGCUGUUGCCGGGCAUAGGGUACGUGUCACAGCCCAAGGACGAGAUCAACGUUCUGCAUGAUGCGAUAUUUAAGAGAUUUGAUGCGGAUCAAAAUGGUGUGAUUGAUUGUCAUGAGUUUAAGUCCCUGUUGAUGGAGACCAUGCUCGCCGUGGCACGAGGGAUCGGAGGUUCGCCGGUUCUCGUGGCACUUGAGCAUGGCAGCCUCCUUAGGAAGGCGGCUGAACAUGAACAAGCUCGAACAUCCAACUAGAGAGAUGAAUUCAUAUGAUGUUUGUAUGUUGUUUUGCCAUACCUACCAAAUACCAAUCCAGAUUGUAAAUAAUUUGUGCUUGCAAUAAUAUAUCCAUAGCCAAACUUGUUUACCGGCUUUUGCAAUUUCGGAAUA